AUGAAGUUCGCGGAGCACCUCUCCGCGCACAUCACUCCGGAGUGGAGGAAGCAGUACAUCCAGUAUGAGGCUUUCAAGGAUAUGCUGUAUUCAGCUCAGGACCAGGCACCUUCUGUGGAAGUUACAGAUGAAGACACAGUAAAGAGGUAUUUUGCCAAGUUUGAAGAAAAAUUUUUCCAAACCUGUGAAAAGGAACUUGCCAAAAUCAACACAUUUUAUUCAGAAAAGCUCGCAGAGGCUCAGCGCAGAUUUGCUACACUUCAGAAUGAGCUUCAGUCAUCACUGGAUGCGCAGAAAGAAAGCACUGGUGUUACUACACUGCGACAGCGCAGAAAGCCAGUCUUCCAUCUGUCCCAUGAAGAACGUGUGCAACAUAGGAAUAUUAAAGAUCUUAAACUGGCCUUCAGCGAGUUCUACCUCAGUCUUAUUCUGCUGCAGAACUAUCAGAAUCUGAAUUUUACAGGAUUUCGAAAAAUCCUUAAAAAGCAUGACAAGAUCCUGGAAACAUCUCGUGGAGCAGAUUGGCGAGUAGCUCAUGUAGAAGUGGCCCCAUUUUAUACAUGCAAGAAAAUCAAUCAGCUCAUCUCUGAAACUGAGGCUGUAGUGACCAAUGAACUUGAAGAUGGUGACAGACAAAAAGCUAUGAAGCGUUUACGUGUUCCCCCUUUGGGAGCUGCUCAGCCUGCACCAGCAUGGACUACUUUUAGAGUUGGCCUAUUUUGUGGAAUUUUCAUUGUACUGAAUGUUACCCUUGUACUUGCCGCUAUAUUUAAACUUGAAACAGAUAGAACUAUAUGGCCCUUGAUAAGAAUCUAUCGGGGUGGCUUUCUUCUGAUUGAAUUCCUUUUCCUGCUGGGCAUCAACACAUAUGGUUGGAGACAGGCUGGAGUAAAUCAUGUGCUCAUCUUUGAACUUAAUCCAAGAAGCAAUUUGUCUCAUCAGCAUCUCUUUGAGAUUGCUGGAUUCCUUGGGAUAUUGUGGUGCCUGAGUCUUCUGGCAUGUUUCUUUGCUCCAAUUAUUGUAAUCCCUACAUAUGUGUACCCACUUGCCCUUUAUGGAUUUAUGUUUUUCUUUCUUAUCAAUCCCACCAAAACUUUCUACUACAAAUCCCGGUUUUGGCUGCUUAAACUACUGUUUCGAGUAUUUACAGCCCCCUUCCAUAAGGUAGGCUUUGCUGAUUUCUGGCUGGCUGAUCAGCUGAACAGCCUGUCAGUGAUACUGACGGACCUGGAAUAUAUGAUCUGCUUCUACAGUUUUGAGCUCAAAUGGGAUGAAACUGGGGGCCUGUUGCCAAAUAAUUCAAAAGAACUAGAAAUUUGCCACAAAUAUACAUAUGGUGUUCGGGCCAUUGUUCAGUGCAUUCCUGCUUGGCUUCGCUUCAUCCAGUGCCUACGCAGAUACCGAGACACAAAAAGGGCCUUUCCGCAUUUAAUUAAUGCUGGGAAAUACUCUACAACUUUCUUCAUGGUGACAUUUAGAGCCCUUUACUUCACUCACAAAGAACAAAAUCACUCAGACACCAGGGUAUUCUUUUACCUGUGGAUUGUCUUUUCUAUCAUCAGUUCCUGCUAUACUCUCAUCUGGGAUCUGAAGAUGGACUGGGGCCUCUUUGAUAAGAAUGCAGGAGAAAACACCUUCCUCCGGGAAGAGAUUGUAUACCCCCAAAAAGCCUAUUACUACUGUGCCAUCAUAGAGGAUGUGAUACUGCGCUUUGCUUGGACUAUCCAAAUCUCAGUUACCUCCAUGACUACUACGUUGCCUCAUAUUGGGGACAUCAUAGCUACUGUCUUAGCUCCCCUUGAGGUAUUCCGGCGAUUUGUGUGGAACUUCUUCCGCCUGGAGAAUGAACAUUUGAAUAACUGUGGUGAAUUUCGUGCUGUGCGGGACAUCUCUGUGGCCCCUCUGAAUGCAGAUGAUCAGACACUUCUAGAGCAGAUGAUGGAUCAGGAUGAUGGAGUACGAAACCGUCAGAAGAACCGGUUGUGGAAGACUAGCCAGAGCAUAUCCCUGCGCCGGCCUCGCCUCGCUUCUCAAACCAAGACUCGUGACACUAAGGUAUUGAUAGACGACACAGAUGAUGAAGCUAACACUUGA